UCCAUCCGCACACACUCAGCAGCAUCCCUCAGUCCGUCCUCUUCUAGCCGGACAAGCGGCUUUUACGCACAGGCUGCUGACACAGCUGCCCCGCCGCAAGCAAGCAAGCAAGCCGAGGCAUGGAGCCGCAGAGAAGGAAGGGAUAAAAAAAAAAAGAAAAAGUAAUGCGAGAAAAGCAAGGACACACGCAGUGAGUGAGUGAGUGUGGAAGAAAGAAAGACGAGGUUUUGAAGGGGAUAAAGAAGAAAACGAGAGAAAAGUGAAGAGGACACUGGAGCAGCCAGGCGGAGCAUGGGCAAUUCCUCCUUUCCAGGCAUGUCCCCUCUCUCUCCGUCCAUUCUGUAGUUGCAGGUCGAGAGAAGAGAAAGGGUCCCAUGAUCUCUGCCAGCGAUGCCGAGUUCCCACGGGACUACCACACCCUGGCCGCCGGUGGCGCCCGCGGGGCCCGGCGGUUCCCCGACAACUCCAACGGGGGGUUCACGUCCUCCUCGCUGGACCGCCGCCACAACUCUGUGGCCGCCAAGAGCCUGGAGGCCCUGAACAGCAUACACAAGGCGGACAUCGAGCGGCAGCGGGAUGCUCUCGUGGACCUCCAGAAAAACAAGUACUCCAACAACAGCCCCGGCAACAUGUCACAGGGCGCCGCUGCUGCCGCCGCCGCCGCCGCUGCUGGACGACAGCAACAGCCCAACUACUGGAGUUUCAAGACUCGAACGCCACGUGUGACGCGACUCAGCCCGACAAAGCCGGCGCUAGCUGACCAGGCCAACAGGGUAUCCUUCGCAUCAGCUGAAAAUCUGGAAACCAUGUCAGAGCCUGAUAUUCCCAUCGGCUUCAACCGGAUGAAUCGGCUUCGCCAGAGCCUGCCGCUGGCCCGCUCGUCCAGCCAGGCCAAGCUGCGGGCACCAGGGAUCUUGUUCCUCCAGCUUGGGGAGGAGACCCGCCGAGUGCACCUGACCCACGAGCUGACCAGCCUGGACACUCUGAGGGCCCUCAUCGUGCACAUGUUCCCUCAGAGGCUCACCAUGGCCAUGCUUAGGUCUCCCAGCACGGCUCUGCUGAUCAAAGAUCAGACCCGUAACAUCUUCUAUGAGCUGGAGGACCCGCGGGACGUUCAGGACCGCUGCGUAAUUAAGAUCUACUGCAAAGAGCCCAUAUAUGGCACCUACCCCGGACACCACAGCGCACACAUGGCAAACGGAGAUCUGCGGAGAGAAAUGGUGUAUGCACCUCAGGACUCUCCGCCCAACCGCCGCCUCAGCAACCCGCCCAUGUCUUCCCAGCAUUCCUCCUCCUCUGCCUCACCUCCCCAAGGCUCCCCCUCCCGUGCCCGCCUCCUCUACAGCAGCGGCAGGCCUUCGUCCUACGGCGGGCCGCAGCACAACACCCACUCCCUGCCACACCCACACCCACACUCACAGUCCCACCACUCCUCUCCUCACCAGCAGCCGCAGCUCCACCAGCCCCACCACACCCAGGCGGCCUUCUGUGCCUCCUCCAGCGCCAUCCUGGAGCGCCGGGAUGUGAAGCCCGACGAUGAAGUGGGCGGGUCGAGGAGUAUGGUGCUGCUGAGGGGGGACGAUCGCGGCGGUGGCGGGAUUUACGCGGACCCUUACUCUCUGGGCCCAGAGUCAAGUCGUCUGAGUCUCGCAGGAGGUCCUCACUCCCCUCUCCCGGCCAGAGCCGACCCAUACGGCUCCUUAUACCGUCGCGGAGGAGGAGGAGGUGGAGGAGCUGGAUCAGUGCGCUCCCUCACUUCCUAUUCAGCAGCUGCUUUACAAGGGGAGCUCAUGGAAAGUGGCGCCCUCUACAGGCCAGGGGGACCACUAUACAACGAUGCUUAUGCUGCAUCUGUGUUGGCCAUGGGGUUGCGGGUGCCACCACCUUCCUCCCCACAGAAGAUACCAGACGUGAGGGAUUCUUAUGCAGGCACCUUACCCGGACGUGGCUCCCCCGGCAGGCAGAAUUUGCGGAGGGACUCUGUGACUUCCUCCGUGUUUGGAGACAGUCCUAAGGCUCGGGGCCCGGGUCCAGGGAUGGGUUUCACCUCAGAGCAGCUCUGUUUGAUGGCUGGUCCUGGUGGGGAGGGCUCACCUCUGCUGGGGAAUGAGACAGAGACCAGGGAGCGUAUGGAGGCAAUGGAGAAGCAGAUAGCCAGCCUGACCGGACUUCUGCAGAGAGUCUUGAGCAGAGCGCCCGAGGCAGAAAGCCCGGAGAAGAUUGAGACAGCCAGUGACUGCUCAGGAACUGACACUGGACGAACUAAAAAAAAGAAAGCUUUGACACCUUCUGCUCCCUUGGCCCUAAUGCCACCUCCGCCCUCGGGGGCCAACCAGCCUGUGAUGGUGUCCCGUCUCCAGAUGCAACUCCAUCUGCAGGGCCUGCAGCAGAAUACCAACGCGCUGCGCAAGCAGCUGUCGCAGCUGCGCAACAUGCAGCUGGAGAACCAGGACUCCGUCCUGUCCCUGCUGAGGCAGACCGAGUCGGAGCUGAGCCUCAUGAUGCUCGACGCCACGCGCACCCAGGAGGACCCGCUCCAGAGGCAGCGCCUCCUAGUGGAGGAGGAGAGACUCAAGUACCUCAACCAGGAGGAGCUGCUCAUCCAGCAGCUGCAUGACCUGGAGAAAUCGGUGGAGGAGCUGCAGAGGAAUUCGUCCGUCAACCACGGCCUGGUGACGGAGCAGGACGUGGAGCAGAAGAGCAAAGAACUGAGGAUGCUGGGAGAGACGCUGACUGAGCUCAAAAACCAGUUCCCCAGCCUGCAGAGUAAGAUGCGAGUGGUGCUGAGGGUGGAGGUGGAAGCGGUGAAGUUCCUGAAAGAGGAGCCUCAUCGCCUGGACGCCCUGCUGAAGCGCUGCAACACCAUGACCGACGCGCUCAGCAUGCUGCGCAGUGUUUUGUAUCCCUCCUAUAUGUACAGACAAGUCACAGAGGGCAUGUGGAAAGGCCCUGAAGAUCUUUCCAGCCAAACACAGAGGAAAGCGGAGGACGCGACUCGCAGCUCGGAGCUGGACAUCCUGAACAGUCCUCCCCUCAGCCUCUCUGACCUGAGCACCAGCGCUGGCCUGGCCAACUGGAUGCCAGUGUCCAGCGGCAAUGCGGAUGCCACGGGCCCCGAGCAGGACAUCCAACCUUCACUGACCUUCAGAAGUCGGGUUCUCGAUGAGCUGCCAAGCCGGCGUCCUGCUGAUAAGUCUGUGUCAGCUGAAGUCAGACUGGCGGCAGAGCGUGACUGGGAGGAGAAGCGUGCCAGCUUGACCCAGUUUAGCGCCCAGGACAUCAAUCGCCUGCUGGAAGAGACCCAGGCUGAGCUCAUGAAGGCCAUCCCAGACCUCGACUUUGCUGCCAAGCACAUCAACAAGCCCGCAGUGCCCCCCAAGCCCCAGAUCACCAUCCCGGUAGCUUCCACCACAGCCGCCACUCCUGCAGUCAGUACCACUAAUAGCACCGGGACCACGGCCACCACAACCUCAACCCCCGCACCCAGCGGGGACCAGCAGCCUGGUAAAGUGCAGCUGGCGGCGCAGAAGCUCAACAGCCUGGAGGGGGGCGGCUCACAGCGAGGGUCAGUCGACCUCAGUGUGGCCAGGUACCGCACAGAGAAACCGUCCAAGUCCCCGCCACCGCCUCCGCCGCGGCGAAGCUUCCCGUCGGCACACGGUCUCACCACCAACCGCACCGGAGAAGUCAUCGUCACCACCAAGAAUUUGAAGAUGGAGGAAGAUGUUGAAAUACCCAAGACACUUGUGAAGCUGAGGCGGACUCCCUGUGACACACCGCGUCCUGCCUCGACACCACCUGUGAUCGCUGCGUCUGCGAUUCAGGACGAGGACGAGGAGGAGAAGAUCAUCGCCGAGCUGGAGGUGUUUCAGAGAAUGCCUGUAAAAGAGUGUAACAGUAAACCAUACAGCAUCCCACCAAAGACCAUCCUCACCUCUCCCCACACCAGAAAGAAUAGCAGUAACUCUCCAGGGCCAACGAAGGGUCCCACCGUCGCGGCCCGCCUCAAACACCUUCAGCAAGGCAGCCUGGAGAGGCCCAAGACCCGCAAGCAGAAAGAGGAUUUCCCCAAAGUCCAGGGCCAGCAGCAGGUAUUCCACUUCUAAAACCUCCAACCGCUGACUGCUCCGCCUGCCUCUCUUCUCUGCUGUCACUUCAAAAAGGACGUUUUCUCCCCCCUGCAACUUCUGCGAGAUAAAGAAAAACUGUAUAGGCCCCACCAGCAGACAAUAUGAGAUCACACAAAAAAAACUUGUCUGCAGAAACCUCGAUUUCUACCACUUCUUGAUGUGUGUUUUGACAUUUGAGUUAUUGGACUAGCUCAAGUUUGUUCUUUUGUUUUUGUUUUAAGAGUGUGUCGUUGUUUUUAUUCCCUCGCGGUGCUUGUGACAGAUUAAAGUAGCUUUAUUAUCGACUCGAACACGUCAUUACCUCCAUGUUGUAACUAACUCUUAACGAUGCCACGGAGCGAUUUCAUCUCUCGAGGUCAAACGUGACGAUAGCAGAAUUUCACCGUAUUCUUGUUUUGCUCCUCUCCCGUUAUCUCUUACUCUGUUCUUCCAGUAACGACCACAUGCUGCUCUUUCUUUCUUUUUCUUUGUGUGUGUGUGUGUGUGUGUGUGUGUGUGAGUGAGUGAGUGUGUCACCUAUCCUUUAAACCUGAAGGUUAAAGAGCAGAAAUGGCCGGCAGCAGGAUUUAUGCAAAGUGAUGAGAGGGAAAGCACAAGGUGCAAAGUUACCUCGAAAAGCUGCUUCUGGAGCUUUGUUAACGACUGAGUGAGGCAGUAGUAAGCACAGAGAAGAAGACGCGAGGUAACGCUUUACAUUACAUGGUCAUAGUGUGCUCAUUUAUGUUAUUUGUUAUUCAGGUCAUUUUAAUGUAUAAUUGCUCAUGAAAACCAAGCAAUAACGCUGUGAUUAAUACAAAAAAUAACAUGGUUUUACCAUAAAGUUAUUCCAAAAACACGAUUACCAUAUUGUUCCUAUACGGUAUUUCAAAGCUGUAAAGCUCAACGCACGCGGAAAACCAGAUUGUAUUAAUCUAAAUUAUCCGCGACUUAAAUGAACUUGGCGAAGGCCUCGGUGUAAAGUGCUGCCCAAUCAGAUGUGAGCGCGUUUAAUGCACAUGCUCAUUACUCCAGAUUAAGAGGCUGCCGUUAAUUCAGUGGAGUAGAAGGUGAAACGAAGAGCUUUAGGCCGACGAACUCUGAAGCAUAAGUGGCUUAAAUGUGAGGCUCCGGUCGUCUUAUCUGCUCCUGCAGACUCUCCUCGACCUGCUGAGUGGAGCUGCACGUGGCACAUUCCUGCCUGAGAAGAAGAAACAAAAAGAAAGCUGAUCAUUUUCUCAAUAACGAGUAGUUAGAUUUUAUUCUUUCCCCGUUUACAUCCUAUCCUCCUGGACCUUCACAUGUCUCAGAGAAGACAGUGUCUUUGACUGAGUGUCCUUCCCUCCACAAGGAGAGGACAGCGAUUAGUAUUCACGAGUGGACGAGUGUCAUGUCAGCCCUUUUUUUUGCACCUCAUUUCCUUUAUUGCCUUUUUAAUAAUUCAUCAUUUUAGGAGUGGAAAAGCGGUUGGAUGUAUAUUUGUUUAUUUUUUGGUAUCGAGGAGUGAUAGAAUGAGUGUCUGGAGAUAAUGUGACUGAAAAUGGUGCUAUUAUGAAACAAAACAACACCUGUUCUUCCAUGUCCUUACACGAUACAGUGAAGCCUUGGAAUGAGAAUUAUCUGACAUCUUAUUUAAUUCAUCUUAUUUUGCAAUUAUCCUUACUGCUGUGGGCUCAUGAGCAACUUUACUUUUUAAAAAUAAUCAACAUGUCGCGUGUGCGUGUGUCAAGACACCUUUUCUUUCUUUGGUGGCAAAGUUGUUGCUUUGCUGUUCGAUACUAAGUCGAUAAACCUUAAAUGAACUUCUGUGA